UACCUCGAGUCUUUUGAGACUAAAUUCCACUAUCCACUAGCUAUAGAUCCAUUUAAAACUGAGUAACACUCAAAAAUUUCAAACAUGAGACUGGAGUAAUUCGCAGCAAAUCACAAGGCUCGACCACCCUGCCAAUUCCUCCAAGUUCCAAUUCGAUGAAAUUUUCUUUCUGUGGAAGAAAAUCCUAAUCAACUAUCUCCCGCCGGUGUGGAGUUUGAACUCUUACCAAAUGAAGUUCGUGUAGAGAGAGAAGUUGCAUCCCUCUGAUGUGCAUUCAAACCAAACCAAUUCCCACCAGUCUACGUUACAGCUCUGCCCAAAAGACUCAAAAACACAUGGACAAAUCCUCGUUCUCUACUGCUACUCCCAUUCCACCAUCUUCAUUUCCAACCAUUGGCACCAACAUCUUCACUUACCCAAUACCCACUCGAAAAAUCCCAAAACGCCCAAGAAAAUGCAUCAUUAUUUACUCCAUCUCACCUUCUCGCACAAAACACAUCUGGAAACGAACAAGCCCCGAACGAGCAGAAACCGUUCACUCAGACCGCAGCGUCGACAUGGGCGAGCUCUUAUCAUCAAUCCAACAAACCACAGACGAGCACCAACUGUUCGACCUAAUGUCUCCCUACAAAAAUCGGGCCCUAUCUAUUAAAUUCAUGGUAUCACUUCUCUCUAGAGAACCCGACUGGCAACGGUCGCUAGCAUUGCUCGAUUGGAUCAACGAACAGGCGUUGUACUCGCCUUCUGUGUUCACUUACAACGUUGUUAUACGAAACGUUUUGCGAGCGAAGCAGUGGCAGCUUGCACACGGCCUGUUUGACGAAAUGCGCCAGAGAGCGGUUUCGCCCGAUAAGUAUACUUACUCUACGCUCAUAACCCAGUUUGGCAAACAGGGUUUGUUUGAUGAUGCUCUAUCUUGGCUUUCGAAAAUGGAACAAGACCGCGUGAAGGGUGAUCUCAUUUUGUAUAGUAAUCUUAUUGAAUUAUCUCGUAAGCUAGGUGAUUACUCUAAGGCAAUAUCAGUUUUUUCGAGGUUGAAGAGGUCGGGUAUAUCGCCUGACCUUGUCGUUUAUAAUUCGAUGAUUAGUGUGUUUGGAAAGGCUAAGUUUUUUCACGAAGCGCGGUUGCUUAUCGAAGAGAUGAGGUUGGAGGGUGUUACACCGGAUACGGUGAGCUAUUCGACGCUUUUGAGUGUGUAUGUUGAGAAUCAAAAGUUUGUAGAGGCACUUUCGGUUUUUUCUGAGAUGAUGGAGGCUAACUGUUCGGUUGAUCUCACAACGUGCAAUAUCAUGAUUGAUGUGUACGGCAAGGUUGAUAUGGCGAAGGAAGCUGAUAGGUUGUUUUGGAACAUGACGAAGAUGGGAAUUGAACCGAGUGUUGUUAGUUACAAUACGCUUUUGCGUGUUUAUGGUGAGGCUGGCCUUUUUGGGGAAGCUAUACAUUUGUUUAGGUUGAUGCAGAGGAAAGAUAUAGAGCAAAAUGUUGUUACGUACAACACGAUGAUUAGUAUUUAUGGGAAAUCUCUUGAGCAUGAAAAGGCUAAUAAUCUUAUUCAAGAGAUGCAGAGCAGAGGGAUUGAACCCAAUGCCAUUACGUAUUCAACUAUAAUAUCCAUAUGGGCUAAGGUAAGGAAGUUGGAUCGAGCUGCGCUGCUGUUUCAGAAGCUAAGGGAUUCUGGGGUUGAGAUUGAUCAGGUCCUUUAUCAGACUAUGAUUGUGGCUUAUGAAAGGGCUGGUUUAGUCACACAGGCUAAGCGCCUCCUUCAUGAGCUUAAGCGUCCAGACAACAUACCCAGAGAUACUGCCAUUAGAAUUCUUGCUGGAGCUGGGCGUGUGGAAGAGGCCAUAUGGGUAUUUAGACAGGCAUUUGAUGAAGGAGAAGUGAAGGACAUAGCAGUAUUUGGGUGUAUGAUAGAUCUUAUGUCUACCAACAACAGGUACAGUAAUGUGAUUGAGGUGUUCGACAAGAUGAGGGAAGCUUGUUAUUUUCCUGAUUCGAAUACGAUUGCUUUGGUCCUGAAUGCAUAUGGAAAGUUGCGCGAUUUUGAGAAGGCAGAUGCUCUCUAUAGGGAGAUGCAAAAAGAGGGUUGUGUUUUUCCUGAUGAAGUUCAUUUCCAGAUGCUGAGUCUUUAUGGGGCAAGAAGGGAUUUUGAGACGUUAGAGUCACUGUUUGAGAGGCUCAAUUCUGAUCCCAAUGUUAACAAGAAAGAGUUGCAUCUUGUUGUUGCCAGCAUUUAUGAAAGAGCCAACAGACUCAAUGACGCAUCUCGGAUAAUCGAUCAGAUUGGUGAUAACGCAACUUCAAAACUAUGACUAUGGAAGUCUGAAUUUUAUGACAAUAUACGUGGUCUAAAUCUGUCAUCAAGGAAACUAUGCCACUGUAAAUACAUGUUUUUUUGGGCUGAUUUCUCCGUGGAUAAUGCAUUUGUACCUUCACUGAAUCAUUCCUUUUCACACAUCAAAAUAAUGUCACCAUGUCAGUUUUUUAUAGUUGGGUCCUUUUCAGCCUUA